ACGUCACAGCGCUGUGACGCGCCGCGCGCGCGCCCGCGCUUCGCUACGUUUUGCACCCCGCAAUCUCCUUUUUUGUUUCUUUCUCGCUCUCCAUUCCAUCUCCCAUUUUCAGUUUUUUUUUUCUUUUGGUAUCUAAAUUCAAUCUUCGCCGCCAUAACCUUUCAUGCUUUCUUCCUUCCUUUUUCGAGGGAAUUUUAUCGGCCCUCUCUCCUUUUCACUGCGAGCGACAUUUGUGCCUUUGUUUGUGGCGGGAGAAGAGGCUCGUCAGGGGCGGUUGUGAGGGCGUCUUGUGGUGGGUGGUGCUUGUUCCCCGCACGGCGGCAACCGCGGGCGGGAUAUUCUUCCCUACUUUCCCUCUCCUCCGCCCACACCCUCCUCCCCCACUCUGCAAGGUGUUCACCUGCCGCAGCUUAGUGUAAGAGCUCUGUGCCACCUCCUACACGUCCCACGCUCAAAAGCGCACGGGAGCUCCAUUCGCGUGAACCCGCAGCUAGCCCCCGUAGCGUUGAAGCCCAUGUGAGGAGUGCGGUCGCAUUGUCCGCAACACGGACCACGACGGCGCGUGAAGUUUGACCUACAGAGAGCCCUGGUCGUCAACGGACAGCGAAGCCCGAGCGUCGACCGAGCUCCCGUCGUCACAACAGCGAUCGACGACGCCGCCUACGCGCGUUGCGCAACGCGCUUUGACGUCGCGCUGCUGGCACGCUGACAAUCGCCGCUCGUUCGGCGAACCGGGAACGGCGCGUCGUUUCUUCACGACUUGUGCAGUCCAGCGCGCGCGCGCCUCGUCAACUGCCGAGCGAAGAGGUGAAACAAGAGGAAGCGGCCAUCGCCUGGGGUGCAUCGGCGAGCGCGUACUUUGACCCCGCGCCACCUUGGUGGAUGGGCACACCCGCGCAGAUCACUGACCCCUCCUAGUGAACGCUGGGGUUGACCAACCGGCCAGAAACUUCCACAAGGACAUCGGGCGCGGGACUUUAUAAACCAGGCACCCGAGUGCAUUGACGGAGUUUGUCGGACGCCGCCAUCGGAUCCUCCACCAGAGAGGGCGACAGGCUGACUACAGGAGGGCUUCAAGGAGACUUCGGUGGCUGAGUGCACGCGACACAGCAGGACGAUGCCGUGGAGUCCCCAUCUCGUGCAACUGCUGGCACUCGCGGUUGCGCUGGCUCUCACCGGGCAAGUGGCUCGAGCCUCCGAUAACCACGCACUGCUGGACCGGCUCCAGGAGGUGCUGGACAAUCCGGCGAGCCGCAUCGGGGCCCUCUGCCGCAACGACACGCUCUUCUACCUGGACCGGCUGAGGAACGGCUCACCAUGGGCACUCAAGAUGUUUGACAGCACGGCCAAGCCCGAGAGCGGUGUUCUGACCGGAGGCCUGACUUUCCUGGGCUACUACUCGGAGUGCAUCGCGGCGCUGCCAUCUGAACGCCACGCAGUGAUGGCCAACGAGUCGAAAGUACCGCCCUUCACGUCCACCUACUGCCUGGCCACGGUCAGCUUCAAGAACGCCCAGCCAUGGCCACCCAAGGGGUUUCCUGAGUACUUGUGGAAGGAGCUGCACGGUAGUAGCAUGCGGUUCGGCCUGUGUGUGCCGUCCAGUUGCGGCGAAAAGGAAAUCACCGAGCUGGCAGCCGAGUUUGUGCAGGCGUUCGACCGGGGUGUCAACGCGACCUCCACAGCCUGCUCACCAAGCCGCGAGCCCUUCGUUUCCAACGUACCAGCGAUUUCAGUCACGUGCGUCCUGAUGCUAUUUGUCGUCAUGGCUUUCAUGGGCACAACGUACGAUGUUGCACGGAACCUUGGAUCGUCCCACAAGAAGCCUUCGUCAUCUCGAAGCGUUGACACUACCAUGGCCUCCAACGAAGGCCUCGUCAAUGGAGGACCCAUAGUUGAUCGUGGGAGCCCCUUCUCGCGCGCACUGCUCGCGUUCUCCAUCCCAGCGAACGCGGCCAAGAUCUUCAACACGAGCGGCCAGAAGGAGUAUAUUCAAGUCAUUCACGGACUACGGUUCUUCAGCAUGACCUGGAUCAUCCUUGGCCACACGUUUUCUUUCUCCACGCAGUGGAUAACCUACAGAAAUAUGGACGACCUGCUUGUAAUUCAUAAGGACAUCAUAACCCAAGGACUAGCCAAUGGUACGGUGACUGUGGACACGUUUUUCUUUGUAAGCGGCCUUUUGGUUGUCUAUGUGACAAUGAAGCAGUUGGCAGCAAAUGGCGGAAAUGCAAGCUGGCUACAAUUCUACAUCCACAGGUAUUGGAGGAUGACUCCGCUUAUGAUGGCGGUGAUUGCGUUCUGCGCCGUGCUGUUGCCAUACUGCGGUGAUGGACCACGCUGGAAGGAGUCCAUCGCCACCUACGACCUUACCUGCAAGGCCAACUGGUGGGUCAACGCGAUGUACCUGCAAAACUUCAUCCACCGGACAGACAUGUGCCUCAACCACACCUGGUACUCGGCUGUGGACUUCCAGUUUUACAUCAUAUCACCGUUCAUAAUCAUCGCUCUGUACAGGCGACCGAAGCUGGGAUUGUUUCUGAUUGCUCUGGGGCUGUGUGCAACGGGGAUCUUCACGGCUUCCUAUACUGCCUUUCACGACUUGCCAGCAGCGCCGUACAUGUCAUCCAUAACACCCAUCGAGAAGAUGAACUUCUUCAUGGGCUACGUGUACGUCAAGCCGUACUGUCGUAUAGGCCCGUUCCUUAUCGGCAUGACAACGGGUUAUAUACUUCAUCGCACGCAAGGGUCGAUUAUUAUCAGAAAGCGCUACCGGUGGCUGGGAUGGAUGACGUGCGCCACUCUGAUGCUUGGCGUUCUGUAUGCCAUGUGGCCGGCCAACACUGGCCAGUACGCGCCCUCGCGUGCUUGGGCGGCCAUCUAUGGAGGCUUCGCUCGUACUGUGUGGGCUCUCGGCUUGGCGUGGAUCAUCAUAGCCUCGGUUGCUGGCUAUGGAGGUGUGGUGGGCAAAAUUCUUUCGUGGAAAGCUCUGGUGCCCCUGAGCCGGUUAACCUUCAGCGCGUACAUUAUACACCCAGUGCUUAUGGUGAUCUUCUACGGCUCCAGGGAAGAGAGCUUCGACUACUCCACGUAUUUACUGAUCUACUUCGCCAUAGGAAACAUCGUCCUCACGUAUCUGGCUUCCCUAGUCUUAAGCCUCGUUUUUGAGGCACCCAUACUCGGCAUAGAGAAAUUGCUGAUGAAGAGGAAGUAAGGAGGCUCCGCGGUCACAGAAAACCAGCGCCUCAACAACGACGCAAGCGCCAGCGCAUACACGUGAGCACGUACCGAGGCCGUUCACUGUGAUACGCGCAUCGUAGGCCCCGUGAUCGACCGGUGGACUGACAUGACGGCCAGAGCCACGCUGUGCAAUUCUCGUGAACGCUGCUAACGCGAGUGGUGCUGCAUUCUGCGGUUCUUUUUUUCUUUCUUGUUUGCGUGUGGACAAUCGAGCCUAGAUUAGCGGCUGCGUUGCACGUAAACAGCCACUGCAACCGCUGCUGCCUCACUCGGAUGAAUGCUUGCCGUGAGUGAAACGCCAAAGUGUCGAGCUGUGGAGACAUCGAAAAACGAGCAGCCGAUUUAUAAUGCUAACGAAGAUUGCGGUGUUGUCGGAAAAAAAGUACUUGAACUGCAUUUAGUAAUGUGAGCAUCUAGACAGGGAGAACUCUUGAAUGCAUUGACGUUCUUCGUUUUCGGUGUGAAGCCGUUGCUUUAAAAUCAUGUACAACGGUUUUGUUAAAUUUCGAAUGUAUAGCGGGGCACUGCCCGAAACUAUCACAGGCUUAGCGGACAAGGACCCCGGUAUUUAUAUUCGUCCGCACAAGGCAGUGCGCUUCUCUUAUACGUAUACCAUCAGAAAUGCUCUCGUGCGACCUUCAAAGCUUUUCGUGGCCUUGCCAUGAACAGGAGCUUCACCACCUACCUGGGAGAAUGGGCUAGUCGGUUCACGGUUUCAAAAAGGUUUAAACUGCGUGACCAAGACAGAAUGAAAACAGGAACACAUACACACACUCUGCACUUUGUGUGUGUGUUUGUGUGUGUGUGUGUAUGUGUUUCCCUGUUUUCGUACCGUCUACAUCUCGCAAUUUAAACGUUUCUGAAACGGGCCUGAACCGAAUUUGGCUCACCUGUAUGUGCGUUGGUCGAGCGGGGGAAGCUCGGGUUCAUUGACAAAUGUGUUACAACGUACACAAACCUAUUUAGCACAAUGGACGUUAUUAUUGCCACCGUUUGACUUUACGCAAGAGUUGUUUCAUAUUUUGUUUCUAAUGGGCAUUCCGUGUGCUAGUGUGUAUCAGUUCUCGUUCAAGUUUUUUUGAAAUAUUAGGAAGAAAAAAUAAAACCUAAAGUGAGAUGAGCGUUAUUAAUGCUCUACAAGGAGGACCUGAACAAAUGCACUCAAAUGCAAAAACUUCGAGUGCCAGUGAUGGAAACAUACCUAGAGUACGAUCAAAAUACUUGUUCUGUCGACUUCGGUCAGGGCAGCAGUCAAGGCACAACAUUUCUGAUAAAGUGCUGCGACGCUUUAUCAGCACUAAUUACCUGCUGCGUAACGCGUCACUACAUUAUAACAAAAGUGUGAGACUUAGCAUUUUCGCUGAGUGUUCAAAGUUCAGUACAAAGUUAAAGCGCCUCAUAAGUAUACUUAAAUUUAUUGGACAGCUUCUCCGACUGCUAUCCUGCUCCCCGUGUAAUCUAAAAUGAUCUGAUGUACUUAAUGGGGAUUCUUUGUUUUCGUUUACAUUUCAUAUCGCUUUUCAGAUGUUCUAGAUUCAUUUCGAUAUGUACUACAUCCAUGAUUGAAAAGAAAGUAUAUUCAUUGCAGGCAUCUUUGAGCCCGCAAGACCAUACACACUCGCACACAAACAUUUGCGAGUUUUUUUCUGUAUAAACGUAGGAGUUACCUUUCGUUCUUGUUUCGUUUUUACUUUACCAACCACGUUUUGUAACUUGUUUUGUUGAAAACUUUCAGCUACGCUUCACAUCGCCGUCACUGCUUGUAGCUUGACGCCAGAAUUCAUGGUUCAUCAAUUGUUGUUGUUGCCCAUUUAUACAAGCACACUCAUCAUCCCCUAGAGCAAGGAGCUAUAUACAGGCACGUAUGCGUGAAGCACCUAAUAAAGUUACAUUAUACUAAAGAAA